AUGGGCCAUUCCUCAUCACGUGGUCUGAAUCCUAGGACGAUUCUGCGCAAACGCAGCGAGCCUAUGCAGUAUACGCCUCCGAAGACUGCCAAACCGACGUCCAACUCAGAGACUGGCUCCAAGCCUAGCUCGGAGUCUACCUCCAAAUCCAGGUCGGAGCCCACCUCCAAACCCAGGUCGGAGCCCACCUCCAAACCCAGGUCGGAGCCCACCUCCAAACCCAGGUCGGAGCCUACCUCCAAACCCAAGUCAGGGCCUACCGCUCAACGUAGCUCAGAAUCCGAAAAGAAGCCGAGUCCAAGCAAAAGCUCACAGCCUUCCACCGACAUGGAUCGACCUACCCUAAUCAGGAAGAAGAGCCAGCAUGACGUCAAGGGUGAGUUUUAUCGCUGCGAUUACCUCUGUGAUACUCUUUCUGUUGUUGUCAUCGGCGCGUCUGGUGAUCUCGCGAAGAAAAAGACAUACCCGUCCCUCUUCGCGCUCUUCCGUUCUUCUUAUCUUCCGGAGCACGUACAAAUUGUGGGCUAUGCUCGUUCCCAAAAGACAGAUAAGGACUUCCGCGCCACUCUCCGCGACUAUCUCGCAGCCAAAUGCGAUGACGACGAGGUUAUUGAUGCCUUCCUGAAAAAGUGCUUCUACCGCUCCGGAGGAUACGAUGAUGAAACGGCGAUCGAGAAGGUCGCCAUGGAGAUGGCAGGAAUGGAGCAAGUAUCUGGCCAUGAGGUCGCCAAUCGUCUAUUUUAUUUCGCUAUUCCCCCGUCUCUAUUCACCAAGGUCGCUGGGGCUCUCAAAGCGGCCGCCACGAACCACAAUGGUUGGUCUCGCUUCAUUGUGGAGAAGCCAUUUGGCAGUGAUCUCGAAUCCUUUGAGACCCUCCAUGAGAGCCUUUCAGACAUGCUCGAGGAGAAAGAGACCUAUCGUAUUGACCAUUACAUUGGGAAAGAAGCCGUCCAAAAUCUGUUGGUGAUGCGAUUUGCGAAUUCCAUUUUUGAACCACUUUGGAAUCGCAAUCACAUCGCCUCUGUUGUGAUCUCUUUCAAAGAGGACUUCGGCACCAAGGGGAGAGGAGGCUACUUUGACAAGAGCGGAAUUAUUCGCGAUGUAAUGCAGAAUCACCUAAUGCAAGUGCUCACUAUGUUUGCAAUGGAAGCCCCUGCCCGGCAGAGUGGUGACUACAUCCGCAACGAGAAGGUCAAGGUUCUGCAGGCCAUCCCACCAAUUCGCAUAGAGGACUGCAUUACUGGGCAGUACAUUUCCGAUGAUGAGGGCAUUGAACAGGCCUACAUCGAUGAUGACGGUGUGCCUGAUGACUCAAAGACUCCGACAUUUGCGGCUUUGGUGAUGUACAUCAACAAUCCUCGCUGGGAUGGAGUACCGUUCAUUAUGAGGGCUGGCAAAGCACUGAACGAGCGCAAAUCGGAAGUGCGUAUUCAAUUCAAGAGGGCACCGGGAUCUUCGCUAUUGUUCCCUGACACAGGAAAUGGGUCUACAUUGUCGAGAAACGAGCUCGUGAUGCGUCUGCAGCCGAACGAAGCAGUUUACAUGAAGAUGAACAUCAAGUCGCCGGGUCUAGCAGGAGACCCCGUGAUGUCUGAGCUGGAUUUGUCCUACAAGACGCGGUUCCCGGACAAGUUUUCCGAUCUACCGGACGCGUACACCAGACUCAUGCUUCAAGUCUUGCGAGGGGAUUCAUCAGCGUUUGUGAGAGAUGAUGAACUUAGGGAGGCCUGGAAGAUCUUCACGCCGCUAUUGCACGCCAUUGACGAUGGGAAGAUUGAACCCAUCAAAUACAAGGCGUUCAGCCGUGGUCCAGCCGAGUUUGACGAGAUGGCAGAGAGGCAUGGAUAUGUGUACAGUGGGGAGGCUUAUGAUUGGAAUGGUACUGCGUAGGUCCUACUGGCAUGCUGCGCAUAUCUUGAUUUGAUAAACCUCAACUGCGAUUAAACUGCGGCUUUCAAUCCAAGUAAAUAAAUUGCCGUACAGUAA